GGCCCGGCCGGGCCAGGGGGGGCCGAAGCGAGCUCCGGGGAUGAGCUCGGGGGCGGCUGGGUGCGAGCUCCUGCCUCUGCGGCGAAGGCGACGGUGGCGGCAGCAGAGGCGGCGGCGAGGCCACCAUGGGUCGACGGCGGGCCUCAGCCGCGGCCUCCACUUCUCCGCUCGCCGGCGGGAUGGCGCCCGGGCCUCGGAGAAGCCGCGUUAGCGGAGGCCUGCGGCCGCUCUGCUGAGACGAGCCCGCCAAACUCCCCUCCCCCUCCUCCGUCCUCGACCCCCCGCACCUCGCCCCUUCCCCACCCCCUCCUCCGUCUCGGUCCCCCGCGCCGCUCCGGACCACUAUGACCAUGAGAUCCGCAGUGUUCAAGGCGGCCGCGGCCCCUGCCGGCGGCAACCCCGAGCAGCGACUGGACUACGAGCGGGCUGCGGCGCUGGGCGGGCCCGAGGACGAGUCCGGGGCGGCCGAAGCCCACUUCCUCCCCCGGCAUCGUAAGCUCAAGGAGCCGGGGCCCCCGCUGGCCUCUUCCCAGGGCGGGAGCCCCGCGCCCUCUCCAGCCGGCUGCGGCGGCGGCAAGGGCCGGGGCUUGUUACUCCCGGCCGGGGCGGCCCCCGGGCAGCAGGAAGAGAGCUGGGGCGGUUCGGUGCCCUUGCCCUGUCCGCCCCCGGCUACCAAACAAGCCGGCAUCGGCGGGGAGCCAGUCGCAGCCGGCGCUGGCUGCAGCCCCCGGCCCAAGUAUCAGGCGGUGCUGCCCAUUCAGACGGGCUCUCUCGUGGCGGCGGCCAAAGAGCCUACGCCCUGGGCUGGGGACAAGGGUGGGGCGGCUCCCCCAGCUGCCACCGCCUCGGACCCGGCGGGACCCCCACCACUACCUCUGCCCGGGCCGCCACCCCUCGCGCCCACCGCCACUGCCGGGACCCUGGCGGCCAGUGAGGGCAGAUGGAAGAGUAUAAGGAAGAGCCCUCUCGGGGGUGGCGGCGGCUCGGGAGCCUCCAGUCAGGCCGCCUGCCUCAAACAGAUCCUUCUGCUGCAAUUGGACCUCAUCGAACAGCAGCAGCAGCAGUUGCAAGCCAAGGAAAAGGAGAUCGAGGAGCUGAAGUCGGAGAGAGACACGCUCCUUGCUCGGAUUGAACGUAUGGAAAGGCGGAUGCAGCUGGUAAAGAGGGAUAACGAGAAGGAAAGGCACAAGCUGUUUCAGGGCUAUGAACCUGAAGAGAGAGAGGAAACGGAGUUGUCUGAGAAAAUUAAACUGGAGCGCCAGCCGGAGCUUUGCGAGACAUCCCAAGCUCUGCCUUCUAAGCCUUUCUCAUGUGGCCGGAGUGGCAAGGGACACAAAAGGAAAACCCCAUUUGGAAAUACAGAAAGAAAGACUCCUGUUAAAAAGCUGGCUCCUGAAUUUUCAAAAGUCAAAACAAAAACUCCUAAGCACUCUCCCAUUAAAGAGGAGCCCUGUGGUUCCAUAUCAGAAACUGUUUGUAAACGUGAAUUGAGGAGCCAAGAAACCCCAGAAAAGCCCCGGUCUUCAGUGGAUACCCCACCAAGACUCUCGACUCCCCAAAAGGGACCCAGCACCCACCCCAAGGAGCAAGCCUUCUCAAGUGAGAUGGAAGAUUUGCCGUACCUUUCCACCACAGAAAUGUAUUUGUGUCGUUGGCACCAGCCUCCCCCAUCACCGUUACCAUUACGGGAAUCCUCUCCAAAGAAGGAGGAGACUGUAGCAAGGUGUCUGAUGCCAUCAAGUGUUGCAGGAGAAACUUCAGUCUUGGCUGUUCCUUCUUGGAGGGACCACUCAGUAGAGCCUCUAAGGGACCCAAAUCCUUCAGACAUUUUGGAGAACCUGGAUGACAGUGUGUUUUCAAAGAGGCAUGCAAAACUGGAGCUAGACGAGAAGAGGAGAAAACGAUGGGAUAUUCAGAGGAUCAGGGAACAAAGAAUUUUACAGCGACUGCAGCUCAGAAUGUAUAAAAAGAAAGGAAUUCAGGAAUCUGAGCCUGAGGUUACCUCAUUUUUCCCUGAGCCCGAUGACGUUGAAAGUUUGAUGAUUACCCCCUUCUUGCCUGUUGUAGCAUUUGGACGGCCAUUACCAAAAUUAACUCCACAGAACUUUGAACUACCCUGGUUGGAUGAGCGAAGCCGUUGCAGAUUGGAGAUCCAGAAGAAGCAAACACCUCACCGGACUUGUAGGAAGUAGCUGUGCUGGCAAUAGCCUGUCUUCAGAUAGUUGUAGCAUGCUGUUCCAAGAGAAUAGCAGAGACCUGUAUGUGUGACCUAUGUCCUCAUGUAUGUUAUCAUUCACUGGUAAUGCCUUUCCAUGCUCCCUUUUUAUUAGUUUUAUUUUCUUUACUCUGAUUUCACAAAACAAACAAAAGAAACCUCUUGCAUUGAGCUAAUUGUGAA